AUGUUAGAUAUCAUUGAAUCUUCUUCUUCUACUCCUAUUGUUACGGUUCAUAUCGAAUCGUCCACCAACCUAUCUAUGAGAUUCAAAUUGAAUGGAUCCAACUAUGAGGUAUGGGCUUCGAUGAUCGAACUUCAUGCUACUACACAAGGCAAAUUGGGUUACCUGACUAGCGACACUGAUGCCCCUGAUUCCAAAGACCCAAAAUUUGGGAAGUUGAAAAUUGUUGAUGCUGUUGUGAAAAGUUGGAUGCGAACUAUGGAAUCUAGUUUGUUGAAUAUGUUUCAUACUCUGCUAUAUGAACUGCGGUGCCAAGCUACCCGUCUCAAGCAAGAGGGUCGUCCCGUCUCUACCUAUUUUGCCGAACUUAAGGCAAUCUGGCUUGAAUUGGACAAGAGACGUCCAUUUUAG